AUGGAAGCAAUUAUGAAGAAGCGUCAGGCAGAGCAUGACGAAGCCUACGAGCGUCAGUGGAACAACGGCCUGGGAUCGCAUCACGCGGAUUACGACCCCGAGGCGACAGGGGAAGGCGUGGUAAAGGCAGAUCGGGCGACGGAAGAGCUGUACGUAGCGAUUGUCAAGAACGACAUAAAGAGGGUGUACGACAAGAUUGACGAGGGCGCCGACGUCAACUUCAUGUUCGGGGAGGCCUAUCGCUGCCCGGAGGGCUACACGCCCCUCAUGGCAGCCGCCCAUCGCGGGCGCCUGGAGUGCUGUCGGGCCCUUUUGCGAGCGGGGGCCGACCCAAACCUCAUUAACACAGGAGGCGACCUCCCCAUCUUUUGGGCCAUCGACGGGGGCAUCGAAAUCAUCAAGCUGUUCGUCAACUACGGGGCCGACCUGAACGCCCGCACGCCCGACGGGUGGACGCCCCUGAGCUACGCGGUGGCGAAGGGCAAGUACGGCCCCGUGGAGGAGAAGGGCGUGUACCCAGAGGACGUGCUAAAGUACUACGGGGCGAGCGAGGUGGGCAGCGGGCCCGUGGCGCGCGGGGUCAGGAGCCCGAGGGAGAGCUACGACCCGGCUGCGGAUGGGUUCCUUAGGGAGAGGGGGAACUACAAGGACCCCAUACCCGC